AUGAGCGUAAUCAUCCUGAAAGCGGCGGUUUCUGCUGGUUUCUUGUACGCGUUUUUAAAUUCGUUUUUAAAUUUGUUGGAGAAGCCAGAACAUGUGCAUAAUAUUAAUUUCACUGAAAUCAAUAAAACAGCAACACUUGAUGACCUCCAACCGAAUGAAUUCGAAUUCUUUAGGGACAACAAGGAAUGCACUCACAAGGAUUGCGUAAUUACUGCGGCAGAGUAUCUGGCGAAUAUGAACCAGCGUAUUGAUCCGUGUGAAGACUUUUACGAAUUUGCGUGUGGAAAUUACGCAAGGCAUAACACUAUUCCAGACGAUAAACAUAUUAUUAACGAGCUAUACAAAGUUAAGCAUCAAGCUGAUUCGGACUUGAAGGAGAUCUUGGAGGAACCUAUUUCGGAUGAAGACCCGAAGCAUUUCAAAUAUCUAAAAAAAUACUACAAGUAUUGUAUGGAUGAAGGUUUAGGAGAGAUUUAUUUUUUAGAAAAAAUUGAUGAACGCGGUAGAACUACAAUUCAGAUGAUUUUGGAUGAUGUUGGAGGAUGGCCUGUGCUUGGUAAUAAGAACGUGAAUAAUUGGGAAGACGUAAUUUAUGCCUUGAACGAGUACGGUUUUUAUCCCGAGUAUUUCUUCACUUUAUCAUUGGAUACAGAUUACGUGAAUAACACUAAACGAAGUUUAUCGAUUUCAGCUCCAAAAACGACGAUUAAACGUGAUGCUUUGGUGAAAGGAAUAGGCGAUAAAAAUGUCGAUAAUUAUUUUACGUAUAUGAAAGAUGUCGUUGAAUUAAUUGGCGCAGGACCCGAUUACAAAGAACAGCUUAAAUCCAGUUUACAGUUGGAAAUUGCAUUGCAAAAUGCGACGAAAUCGCCGACGGAAAUAUUCGAGAACAUAACAGCUUUAUAUAAUUUGUUUACGAUUAAGCAGUUGGAUGAAAACUUUCCCGGAUUUCCGUGGCUUCGAUACUUGAAGGCUAUGCUACCAAUCGAUUUGAUGAUUGACGAAGACACAGAAAUUAUUUUGACUGAACCCAAAUACGCAAAAGAACUAAUAAAAUUAUUGAUGGAUACGCCUAAAACUACCAUUAUAAAUUAUUUACUUUGGCGAGCUGUUUUCGAUGUUGUUCCAUAUCUGGACUCCUCAGUUAGAUCUUCUCUCCAAACUCUGUAUUAUAAAAUAUUAGGCAAUGAGUCUAAAUCACCCAGAUCAACGGAAUGCAUUGAAAAUUUGCAAGGGUUGAACAUUUUGGUUGGCGCUUUAUAUGUUCGUAAGAAAUUUGAUAUUAAAUCCAGAGAUACAGCAAGAGCUCUGACCAAAUCCAUUAAAAGUACGUUUAAAACAAUUCUAUCGAGAACCGAUUGGCCGGAAACGGAACGCAUGAAAGCCAUUGAGAAGGUGGAGGCGGUUUACGAACAUGUCGGGUUUUCCGAUGAAUUGAUGAAUGAUGAGAUUUUGGAUAGCGCUUUUGGAAAGCUGGAUCAGGAUGCUGACGAUUUUUUGCUGCUUAAUCUGAAAAAAAUGGCAUUUCAGAGAGAUUUCGAUUUUCGUAUGUUGAAUAGACCGGUCGAUAGAAGCUCUUGGCUAGAACAAAGGGGCGCUGCAGAGGCAAACGCAUACUACAAGAUUGAUCGAAAUAGCAUAAUCGUACCAGCGGCGAUUUUGCAGGGAAAUUACUUCAAUUCGCAUUUCCCUAUGUACGUGAAUUACGGUGCGAUUGGAAGCGUUAUAGGACAUGAGAUAUCGCAUGGAUUCGAUGGUUUAGGACAUCAGUUCGAUAAAGCUGGAAAUUUGAUCAAUUGGUGGUCCAAAGAAGCUGAGCAAAUCUUUCAAGAAAAGAAGGAUUGUAUCAUAAAUCAAUACAGCAGUUAUACAAUCAAUGGUUCUAAGAUCAACGGAGAGCUGACCGUGAAUGAAAACAUUGCAGAUUUCGGCGGAGCGAAAACGUCGUACAUCGGUUACAUCAGAUGGAUGCGAAAGUAUGGGCCGGACAUGAAACUACCCGGACUGAAUUACACGGACAAACAAAUGUAUUGGUUAUCAUUAGCUAACAUUUGGUGCGCAAAUGAAAGACCCGAGUCUCUAAAGUUCUCGCUUCUGACGGACGUGCACGCACCUAGCAAAUUUAGAGUUAACGGACCUUUGAGAAACAUCCCAAUGUUUGCUGCAGACUUCAAAUGUCCACACGGAAGUAGAAUGAACCCAAUCGAUAAAUGCACACCGUGGUAACAAAUGAUUUAUUC